CUCUUGUGUCAGUGGCAGGUCAGUGGUGGACUUUGAGCAGGCAGCUCCCAUGAGCCGCCUGAGUUAAACUUUGACCGCGGACUGUACGGCUAGAACAAGUCACUCCUAGAAAAACAGAAUAUAGAGAUCUUAUGGUUUGAAUAUUUUUGACAUGUUUACACUUGUGAUGUCGCGGUCUGCGGAUACCUCUGUGUAAAGAUGUCCCAGAACAUGUUCCAGGAGGGGCUGUACCAGGUUUAUAUGCAGAGCUCCUCUCCAGCGCCUCCUCCUGGUACACAGAGCUCACAGGGCACACAGGGGGAUCUGGACAAUGCCAGGAUCCACCGCUGGUUUGGAGCAGUGGUCAACACAAGACUUCUGGUGUCAGGGGUGGUCCAGGUGCUCAGUGCGGUGGCCUGCGUUCUCACCACAGUCAUCUACACCUGUGUGAGCUUCAACUGUGCAGUUUCUAUGGCGACGCCCGUCUGGUCCAGUUUAAUGUAUUUGGCCUCAGGGUUUUACGCAAUGGAGGCUCAGAGGAAGCCCAACAAAGUCAAGGUUAUAGCCCUGAUCGCUGCUAACAUCUUCAGCUUUGUGUUUGGGUUCUCUGCCAUGAUGAGCACCAGCCUCAAACCUCAAGAUGCCGCUUCUCUCAACACUAAGCAGCGGGUGGGUGCAUAUGUGGCCAAAGGCAGCUCCAUCACGUUCACUGUGCAGUGUCUGCUUGCCUCUCUCUACAUCCUGUUCCUGUGCUGGAGAGGCCUGAAGCGCUACAGCCACACAAGCACACAGGCCUACAGCCGAGUGGCACAGGAGGCAGAAGACACAAAUGGACCUCUUCUUGAAAACAUGGAAUACAACCUUUGAUGGAUGGUGUUUGAACUGUGUAAACCAGUUACUGUUUUAUUUGGGGAAUUCAGUUAACCUGGCUAUAGAUACUUUCAAUUGUGUUCCAAAUAUGAACUAUAAAUUAUUCUUUUAUAUUAUAAUUUUGUUGUUUAUCAUUUUUAUUAACUAUCAUUCAAUACUAAUAAGCAGACUCAAUACUUAUUACUGAUUCCAU